AAAGAUACCAAGUUAGAAAAGGUUAUUAGACAGCAAAUUCCGGUAAAAGAUGAAACGGGAAAAGUUUUGUAUGGUUGUUUUGAUUAUGUUUACUUUUGUUCCAAUGCUUGUCAAAUGCUAGGGGAAAAGCAUAUAAUUAAACCUAAUUAA